AUGCCUUCGAUCGAUGUUGCUAUGGCCCGGAGCCUCCGGGGAGGAGCGUGGGGAUCAGUAAUGUCUAGCGUGGCGGCGACCAUCGAAAGGCGCCAGAUCAUGUCAACGGUCGAGAGCGCUGGGAACCAGAUCAAAGAUGUGAAGACGGCAUUUUCAAGUUGGGAUAACUGCAUGGCAGCCAGCUUUUGCAAGUGGCCAGUAAUCGGAGUCAUGAUUGUCGGCGGCCUGAUCAUCUUUUCGAUCGUAUGGUGUAUCAUUCGUUGCGCCUGCUGCGGUCUGUCGUGCUGUUGCCAGUGCUGCUACUGCUUGAAGUGUUGCGGCAACUGCUGCGGCUGCUGCGAUACUCCGAAAGGAACCCCUCACAAAUACCUCGACGAAUCGUACGGACCACCGAACCAAGGAUACAAAUCGCAAGCACCCAUGAACGCACCUGUCGCGCCGUUCUACAACAACCAGCCUACUCACACCGCACACUCGACUGCGCCGGUGGCCACCGGAGCUGCCCCCGCACCGCCCCAGUAUGCCGAAUUCGAAGUCAGCAAGUCCGGUAACGCGGGAGACGGCGAUGCUCUCCCUGCCAUGCCCAGCUGGGAAGGAGCAGGAUCCAAGAAGGUUGCAGUUGAGGAAGAGGUGGAACUCGAGCAGAUGAAGAAGCCAGCGGCAUCGCCCAACCCGCAAAUGCCUCUUAUGGCACCCAAUGCCAUGUCCCACCCGAACAGUCCAAUGCCUGGCGACAGGAGCCCCUACGGACAAAACGGACAAGCCGGAGCCAGCGGCUACUUCGCCAACGGAAACCAGCCCGCCGAUCCCUAUGCGAUGAACAACAGGGGAUUCAACAACUACGAUAAUGCGUACGGACAGUCGAACUCGUCUUUCGGAGUUGACCAGUACGGAGCCGCAGCCGCAGCAGGUGCGGCUGGAGGUAUGGCCAUGGGCCAGGGAAGACGGACUCCCGCCAAUGACUUCAACAACAACGGCUACGGGCCGCAAAGAGGUCAGACGUACCCCCCGCCUCAGCAAGAAUUCGACCAAGGCUUCGGUGGUUAUGAACAAGGCGGCUACGGACUUGGCCGCCCUCCACGCAACGGUCCCAGUCCUGCCCCGAACAGGAGCUUCACAGCCCCCCCUCGCGGUGGACCUAGUCCCGCACCAGCUGGUUACCGCCGUUCCCCGGGUCCUGAGUACCGCGGCUCUCCCGCCCCUCCUGCCGCCGAAUACCGCAGAUCCCCGGCUCCCCAAAAUGAUUACCGCCGGUCCCCCGCGCCUCAAGAUGACUACGACCAGUACGGCAACGACAACUAUGGCCGCCAACAAUACGGCGCCGGCGCUCGUCAGUACUCUUCGGAGUCCACCCGCCCCCUCGCAGCGCCCCAGCGCAGCUACACCGGAGACAUUCAACCCCCUUCCUCCCCCGGCCCCCAAAACUCGGGCGGCUUUGACUUCCAAUCCGGAUUCAGCCGUCCUCAGCAGUACAACUAUAACCGCGGCCCAGCCGGCAGCCAACAGCUGCACGAAGAGCCCGAAGAAGAACAGCGGCCCCCUCAGAGCAGCGGCGGCACGUACCCAGGAUACAAGGCCUACCAGCCCACCAAGGAAGGCUGGAGCGGCGUUUGA